AGCGCUAGUAGUAACAGUGUCACCGCCGUGGAAAGACGCGUCGCGUGCCUUAUCAGUUCAAAACUCUUUACGUAAAAGUAUCGAUGUUUUUGACUAAAAUACGCCCCACACGUAAUCCGUGAUAGUGCAAACUGUGUACAAGUGCAACAAAAUAGUGUAUCAACAAUUAACAGUGCGAAUUGUUUAGUUUUCUCGUGAUUUUUAAAAGAAAAUCGCGGGCAAAACUUUGUAUUAACGGAACUGAAUCGUGUCGGAUUUUUCUGCUGAUAGUAUUCGGUGAUCCGUAUAAUGACUAUGUCGUGGUGACAACGGCGUGAUGAUGAGGCUCGACGCGCCCGAGAAGCAGCACAGAUACCACAAUCUGUUGCACGACGACCAUGCCAAUGAAAUGCUAGAAGGUGAAGGCGCGGGUCUGGCGGCGCGCGUGGCUGAGCUGGAAGUGCGAUGCGCGCGCCAGGCCGAGGAGUUGCUGUGUCUCCGGUCGACCCUGGCUGAUGCGCUGCGGAGGCUCAACGCCUUGGAGGGCAGAGCACCCACAGCGCCUACCACGGGGCAAAGGAAUGGUGCUUAUACUGGUUCUACAGGCACGCCGACUCGGGAGCUCCGACUGAGGCAGCCUUCAUACAGAGAGACUGCCAAACGGACGUCCAGCUACGGCUCCAGCACAUCCUCAUUACCACAAAGACGCGGUCCUCAGCACCAGUCCACAGGGUCGCUGCAGUCGGACUCGCCGGCAUCAUCGUCGUCGCUGUCGCCGGCGCCGUCGCCCUCCCCGCGCGCCACGCCCGCCCCGCACCAUGUGCCGCACCCGCCACAGCCUUACAGAUCACGAAACAACUCUACGUCCAGCAACCAGAGCGUCUCGCCCGGGGUCAACAGCCUCACCAAGCGGUGGAACUCCACGGGCGACUUCAACGCGCAAGGCCUCCUGCCAAACUCCAGAUUUACAACCACAAAGUCGUUGCUAAACUUAUAUUCUAAGCCGUCACAAAAUGGACCGAUUUUGAAACAUGGUACCCACACAUGUCAAUACAACGAGGAAGAUGGGUCCAUGCGGAUGUACCUGCGAGGUAGACCGGUGGUGCUGUAUGGGCCCAGCGAGCAUGAGGGUCUGGACCCUGCGAAGGUGGCCCCGCCGCCGCAGAGCAAACUCAAACUGGAGUGGGCUUAUGGAUACAGAGGCAAGGACUGCCGCAGCAACCUCUACCUCCUACCAACCGGUGAGAUCGUGUACUUCGUGGCUGCUGUAGUGGUACUCUUCAACGUGGAGGAGCAGUGCCAGCGCCACUACACGGGGCACACGGACGACGUCAAGUGCAUCGCUAUACAUCCUAACAAGCUGGUGAUAGCUAGCGGCCAGUGUGCUGGACACGACCGACUUGAUGCCAGGCCCCACGUCCGCGUCUGGAACUCCGUAUCCCUGGCCACACUGGCCGUCCUGGGCGCCGGUCACAUGGAGCGCGCAGUGGCCUGCAUCUCCUUCUCUCGGGCUGAUGGUGGAGCCCUACUGGCCGCAGUAGACGAUGGCCCAGACCACACGAUCUCUGUGUGGGAGUGGCAGCGACCUGAUAAGGGACAUUGUCUUGCUGAGACUAAGUGCUCAGUAGACACAGUGGUAGCUGCGGAGUUUCAUCCCCUAGAGCGCAACCAGAUAGUGACGUGCGGCAAGAACCACAUCGCGUUCUGGACGCUAGACCAGACCAACGUGCUGUACAAGCGCAUGGGCGUCUUCGAGACCCGGGACAAGCCUAAGUACGUCACCUGCCUCGCGUUCAAUCAUAAUGGCGACGUCCUCUCCGGCGAUUCAAACGGCAACAUAAUAGUAUGGGGUCGCGGCACUAACACGGUACAGAAGUUAGUCCGCGGCGUACACGACGGCGCUGUGUUCUCGCUGUGUGUGCGGAAGGACGGACAGGUCGUCACUGCCGGAGGAAAAGAUGGCAGAAUCGUACUGUUUGAUCCUGAUAUGAACGCUACGGGUGUUGAGAAUGUUAUUGAAGGUCACUACGGCGGCGUGCGAGUGGUGGCGGAGGGUCGCGGAGACCAGCUGUUCGUGGGCACCACCAGGAACUGCAUACUGCACGGAGACCUGCAACUUGGCUUUUCGCCUGCUGUGCUUGGCCACGUGGACGAGCUGUGGGGGCUGGCAGCACACCCGACGCUGGCGCAGUUCGCGACGGCGGGCUGGGACAAGCUGCUGCAGCUGUGGGACGGCCUCUCCCACUGCACCGUCUGGAGCAAGGACAUCGAGGAGCGUGCGCAGUGCGUGGCCUGGUCGCGCGACGGCGCUGUGCUGUGCGUGGGCUGCCUGUCGGGGCGCUGGCGCGUGUACGAGCCGCACUCGCGCGACCUGCUCGCCGACCAUCAGGACGGAUGUGAGCCCAUCCAAACGAUCCAGUACUCCCCGGACAACUCUCUGCUGGCGCUGGGCUCCCGGGACAACUUCAUCUACGUGUACCGCGUCGAGGACAACGGCGCCCGGUACAGCCGGCUAGGGAAGUGCUUGGGUCACUCGAGCUAUAUAACGCACUUGGAUUGGUCUGAAGACAGCCAGUAUAUAAGGAGCAAUUCGGGAGAUUAUGAACUACUUUACUGGAACGCGACAACGUGCCGUCAGAUCCCGCAGGCGACGUCGAUGCGCGACGUGGUGUGGUCCACCAACACCUGCCCUAUCACCUUCACCACCGUCGGCGUCUGGCCCGAGACUGCUGACGGCACUGACAUCAACUCCUGCACCAGGUCUAACGACAGUCGCCUGGUGGCCACCGGUGACGAUUUCGGUAAAGUGAAGCUGUACGCAUAUCCCGUCACACAGCCUAAGUCGCUCUGCCACCAAUACGGCGGUCACUCGUCCCACGUGACGUGCGUUCGGUUCCUGGCUGAUGACUCGCGUCUCAUCUCUACUGGCGGACUCGACACUGCUGUACUGCAGUGGUGUGUUGAUUAAACGCCACUGCUUUAUAUUAUAUACAUGGGAGGCGUAAUAUGAGUAAAUAAUGUUCAACAACAGAAAAGAAUUAAUUGAGGAAAAUGGGUGGUUUAGCUGGAAGGAAUAAAGGCAAUUUUGAAACAGAUCUUUCGUAGGCCUAAAUGACAUGGUUUUAGAAAAGCCUACAUCACAACAAUUUGAACCUUUGGAAUAUAAUGACAAUUAGGAAAUAAUUACAUGUCUAUUUCCAAAGUAAAUGGUAUAUGUAUGUAAAGUAUAUGAAUGUAAGUUUCUUCAACGCCUCCUGUGUAUAAAUUACUGCUUAAUCACGAGGAAGAUUUUAAGACCAAUUUUGUGAUUGAAACAAAAAUUAUUGUAUUCGCACUAAAUAUUUUAUCAAAAAUCAUUCACAUUGCUUUGUUUUUAAUUAUCACAAUGUAAAAGAUUGGUUUUACUAAAACCAAUGUUUAGUAAAAUCAAUCAGUUAAUAAAUAAUUAAUCUUGUCAUUUUAUAAUCGAUUUUAUUGCAAAAGUCACAGAUUUUUACACUGUUUUAACACUUUGUGAACUGCGAUGCCUACAUCAUACGCCUAUUGAUUAAUAUAAUGUUCAGUUGAGAUACAAUUUGUGCUGUAAUCUAAUAUUUAUAAUUAUUUUAAAUGAAUGUUAUACACUUACUAGCGUUGCAUAGGUGCACGGUUGUGAUCAAAACGAGCUAAUUAGAGAAAGGUUAUUUCAUUUGUAAACAUUUAUUCAAAUAAACAAGGAGAAUAAAUGUUUACUCAUAAAUAAAAUAUUAUGAAUCCGUCGAUUUUAAAACAGUAAAUGUAGCGUGUAUGACGUUUUACACACUUGCAGCACUGUGUAGUUUAUUAUUAUGUGAUUGAGCUUUUUGGCGCGUAAUUUUAAUAUUUUAGGCAUAAUAUAAUUAUGUACACAUAUUUUACAUAAUUUUAAGUUAUGAUAAGCAAAUUAAUACUAAUUAGAUUUAUUUUUAUUUUAAGAUCUGCGUUUUUUUUUAAUCAAUAUCAAGCUGUUUGAAUAUUUUAAUAAAUGAGCGACAAUUUUGUGAUCGACGGCUAUUUUUUAUGUUUUAAUGAAAACGGUUUUAUUUUUGUUUAGUUUUAACGAUACAAACGUUAUGUUAAUGCAGCUUACAGUACAAAGAAAAGCUUAACUCUUGCUCUGAUACAGUAAGCUAAUAUUUCUUGACACUAAUAUUCGAAACAUUAAAUAAUUCCAGUAAAACAUUCCAGGAGCAAGCCUAACAUAGUUUUAUUUAAGUAUUUCAGUAGGAUCGUAAGGUUUAGUAGCCUAGUCACUGCGUCAUCCGCAUCGGUGUAAUAUCUCACGAAUGUAGCACUAAUGUUAUUGUAUUUUGUAAAUAUAUUGUACGACGGUACGCCGUCUUCAUUGUGCCUCCAAAUAAAUUGAGUAUUUAAAA